UAGGAAUACAACCGGGAACAUCAACACCACCUGUAGCCGCAAGCGGGUUUAAGAUGCCGGCUCCGAUUAGCCAAGGCACAGCACCCACUGCUCAGAAUGGGUUUGUGGCGCCCUUACCGCAUGGCUCGGCCGCAAGACAGACUCAAUUCGCCGCUCCAUUGCCCAGAGCUAAUGCCUCCCCACAGAUGAAUGCCGCACAGAUCUCAGCGAGGGCGAUGGCAGAGCAACUGAAAGCACGAAUGAGCAACAUAGCUAGUUUGGGACCGAACUUUGGCAACAAAUACGCACCGGCGGCCCAAGCAUCUGCACAGCAGUUCGAGAAGGAUGUGGCCCCUAAAUCGCUACGCUUUGACGAGCAAGGUCGGUUUGUGGACGCCGACGGCAACGUCAUUGAAGUGAACCGACGCACCAACCAUCUCCAAGCAAACAUGCGUGCACGCCGAGAGCAGGAGGAGAAGGAACGGGAGAGACGAGCCGGGGGAGUGUAUGUGCACAAAGAGAAGGCUGAGGUUGUACCGGAAGUACUGCCGUAUAUGGAUCCUCGCAUUACAAUGAAGGACAGCGGUAGGAAACGGCGCGCUAUGGUGCUGGUAGAGCCAGGAAAGUACGAGCGGGUGGCGGAGAACAUCCGAACCAAGCAUAUGGUGGCACAGCUCGAGAAAGAGAUCGGUGAAGCGGCAGAGAAAACCGGUAUAUCCGCUUCUACAAAACUGGCACUUCUGACGCCGAAAGACACACUGGGAAUAAACGUACCGGUAACGGAAUGGUGGGAUGCGGCUGUGCUGGUAACAGGACUCUACCCUGACGAAGGCGUGGAUGUCAAAGCCGUAACUCAACCGACGACAGAAGGCGAAGACGCUAAGAAGGGCGUUCAUGGGAUAUUCAGAGGAGUCACCAAUCUGGUGGAACAUCCCGUACCACACGAACCCCCAGCAGAGAGUGACCAGAAUGUGGCUAUACCACUGUACCUGACCAAGAAAGAGCGGGUUAAGAUCAGACGUCAAAGGAGGCGUGAGGCCUGGCAGGAGGAGCAAGAGAAGAUCCGACUGGGUCUGGUUGUGCCUAAGAAUAAGCUCAAGCUAUCGAACUUCAUGCAAGCCCUGAAAGACGAUGCUGUUGCGGACCCGACCAAGUUAGAGAAAGAAGUUCGGAAGCAAAUGGCCGAGAGACAGGCGAAACAUGAGAACGCAAACGCUGAACGACAACUGACCAAUGAACAACGGCGCGAGAAGAAAGACCGCAAACUAACCGAAGAUGUCAGCAAACAAGUGCAGGUCAUGGUGUUCCGAUUAAAGCACCUCAAGGACUACCAGAAGAAAUUCAAGGU